CUUCCAAAAGAGGAAAAAUGGUACGGUUUCGAAUGACCAAACAUGAUAGGGGGGAAAUUUAUCAAUCAUUUUUCCUCCCAGAUUUUCAGGAUAUACAAAUAGAAUUGCUGGAUGGGGUACUGGAUACUAGCCGAUACUUAUUUAACAUCAUUUGUGAAUAUGGAGUUGGGGAGGAUGUGGAUAGAAUUAUUAUUCCAGAUACUACAAUUCAAGCCUACAGAGAUCUGAUGGAGUCUCUUUGCUCCGACUCGUCUGUACCUUUCCAUAUACAUUCACAACUACAAUAUUGGUUUAAGAAAAGAUCUGGUUCCAACCUUGAAGUAACAAACCCUUCUCCGGUCCUCACGGACAAUACACCAAUAGUUGUAGACCCUACCUGGAUGGAGGAUUCACAAUCCUCCUGGAUCUCUAAUCCAACCUCGAAAUUAUCUUUAACCUUGCUAAAUCCCUCCAAAACCCAACCUCAAACCACCGUUUCUUCAACCUCUACUAAUACCUCCGUCCUCCAUAAACCCUACUCCUCUACUGUUUCCUUGAUAGAAACCUCCUCCCUUCAGGAACCAUCCCUCCCUGUGAUCUCAUUAACAAAUACCUCUUCAAUCUCCGCCCUACUCCGUUCAACGCCCUCAACCUCCAUGAUUACAUCCUCGACACAGACUGAUUUUAAACGAAGAUAUAGAAAAAGAAGAUCCCAGGAAAUAUCCUCUGGAAACAAUACAAGUUCGCAGAAAGAAAAUCCGGGAAAGAAAAAGAAGAAUCUGAAGCCACAAGCCUUACGUUGUCCUGAGAACAUCUCCGACAAGAUUGAAGCUUUGGCAUCUGAGCCGAAUACAACCCUUGAUCUACUCAUGAACAAUAUACCAUUGAAAAUAGAAAUAGAUCCAGAUAUAGAUGACGCAGAUCUAGAGGCAGGAGUCAAGAAUUUAACCAAUUUACUUAAGAAUCCCGACGAGGUUAACAACCUCAACAGUUUACUAGCAGAAGAGACGAUUGUAUCAGAUAUCCUGGAUCAAGGCUUAUCCACAGAUCUAGAAAUUGCCGAGACAUAUUCAUUAAAUCCUUCACAAGACAAGAAGCUAGCUGACCUUGAUGCUCAAGAUGAAAUGAUGGAAGAGAUAUUUGGAGAUGAACUAGAUAAAGAUAAAGAUCCAGACUUUGUUCCGCCAUUAAUGAAAGAAAAGAAACGAGGAAGACCAAAAAAUACAUCGAAAGAAACAAUCAAAAAGAAAAAGAAAGCUGCGAAGGAAAAGGACGACGAGCAUGAUGAUAUUGCUGAAAAAGAGAAUAGAGACGAAGAAGAAGAAAAGAAGACGAAAGAAAAAAGUAAACAAAGACGGGAAAAGAGAUUGAAGAAAAAGAUUAAACCUAAAAAUCUGACCGAGGAACAACAAGCUGUGGAGGAAAUUCUUCCAACCAUCAGAGAAGAGGAAGAAGAAGAUGAAGACGAAAUAUCAGACUCGGAAGAGGUAAAGGAGACUGAGAAGAAGACGAAGAAGAAAGAGAAAAAAGAGAAGAAAGAUAAGAAUGGUAAAACCAGGAUAAGAUAUAGAACUAAGCAGUCCUGGGAAUUGGAUGAGGAAACUGGAUUAUUGAAAUCGGAUCGGGGGAGGAUUAAAGACCCCGGACCUCCUGGCAAAAACAAGAAAGUAAACAAAACUGGCGAG